AUGGAUAAUAACAAAACAAAAACAAACGUAGGAGAUAGGCAGUUAGAGGAGUUUGCCGGAGAUCCCUUCGCAAGAAGGGAUAGCAUCGGGAGGUCACCGCCGUCAACACCUACGGCGGAUCUGGUUUCCUUCGCUGAAGCGGUAGUCCCGAGGGCCAUGCCGAACAAGGGAGCAAUCCCAAAAGCAAGGUCGGAGGGAAAGAUUAACUGGGGUGGGCCGUUCGCAGGAAUGGCGAUGACCCUCAGCCUAGGGAGGGCGUCCGAGAAGUCCCCGGCCUCUGCGGGAGGCGAUGAAGCAAAGAAGGCAAGGGAUGCAGUGACUGCCCUUGCUAAAGCGAUUGAGGAGAUGAACCGCUUCACCAGGGAGCACAAAAACGCUCAUGCCUCCCUGAAAGAAGGUCUCAGCAAGGCUGCCCUGCUGAUGAGGCAGGUGGAACGAGGGUGGUGCUGGGCGGAGAAGGAGCUCGGCAGAUCUGGGGGCACCGCCGAACGCGCUACGACAUCGAAGUCAACCCAGACGGAGGCGCAACCACGCACGGCUGAGCGGGAAGAUGCCCUCCCGCGAUCGGACCAAGAAAUGGACGGCCUCAUUGGCGGGGCCAAGAGGAAGCAGACCUCCCCGUGCGCUAGCGCAACCGAAAAGCGCCCAUGCCCAGAGGCAGGUUCGAUGGAGGCAGGGGCUGCGAGGGCGGUCAACCUUACCCAAGCGGAGGAAGGCUGGACGCUAGCGGCCAAGAGGGUCCGGCCCAAGAGAAGGAAGCGCGGGGCCGCUGGACCCCCGACGCAGCUGAAAACGCCGCAACAGCAGCAGCAACAGCAGCAUGCACAGCAGAGGAAGAGCCAGCAGGGUGCCCUGAAGAUUGGCGGCCGGCGACAGGUGAGGCCGGACGCGGUCCUCAUUAAGACGACGGGUGGGGCGGCUAACUACGCCGAGGUCCUCAAGAAGAUCAAGCGGCAGGUGGACCCAGAAAAAACCGGGGCCCAGAUUGCCGCGGUAAAAAAGACCAGGGGGGGAGACGUCCUGGUCGAGCUGAAGCGGGGCAGCAGUGGAGUCCAGGCCCUGAGGGACGCAGUGGCGGGGGCACUAGGGCAAGGCAGCAAGGUGGCAGCCCUUGAGCCUAUGCUCACAGUUGAGGUCAGAGAUCUCGACGAUGUCACCGAGGCGGGUGAAGUGAAGGAGGCGCUGACCAGCACCCUACAAGUCGAAUGUGCUGAAGAAGUGAGAAUGAGGAGAGGGUAUAAUGGGACCCAGGUCGCGUUAAUACGGCUUCCGGAGCGAACGGCCAGAAGGAUCCUGGCCGUUGGUAAGAUCAAGGUAGGCUGGUGUAUUUGUAGGAUACGCGAACGAGUCACCGUGGUCAAGUGCUUUCGGUGCCAAGGAUACGGCCACCGGAGCGGGGAGUGCGUGGGAGCGGACUGCUCCAACGCGUGCAGGAGAUGCGGUAAGGCGGGUCAUAAGGAGAAGGACUGCCAGGACAGCCCGAGCUGCGUACUGUGCGGCAGGAAUAACUGGAGGGCCGACCACUUUACAGGGAGUGGAAGAUGCAGGGCCUUCAGAGAAGAGCUGACGAAGGCGAAGGUGAGGCACAACAGGGACUCGGCCCUGGAGACCCGGAGGACUGGUGUCAGGGAAAAAGCUAGCCAGGAAGCAGCGCUUCUUUCUCCCAGCAACCGCGAGGUGGAGUUCCGAAGGAGGGUCGGAUCCGUGAGUCGAGCCGCCCAGGACCUACUCGCGCAGACCGCGGCGGCUUUGGGGGUUAGCAUCCUGCUGGUAUCCGAGCCUAGCAACACGGGCAAGGCAGGACUGUGGAUGCCCGACCGUAAGGGGGAUGCGGCGAUCGCAGCAACGCGGAACUUCACUGGCAACAUAACACCGGGUGGAAAAGGUGAGGGCUUCGUAUGGGCUGAAAUUAACCAGACCUAUGUUUUCAGCUGCUACUUUUCGCCCAACGCGAGGAUCGAGGACUUUGAGAGGCAACUUGACGAGCUGGAGGCGCAGGCCAGAGCACUGGGUAACAGAAUCCUCAUAGCGGGCGACUUCAACGCGAAGUCACCUUUGUGGGGGUCUGAGAGAUGGGACGACAGGGGCCGAAUCGUGGCGGACUUUCUAGCCAGGCUUGACCUCAUCCCAAUAAACACGGGGGAAGCUCCGACCUGGAAGAGAGCGGCUACUGGCUCGAAGUCGGUCAUCGACAUCACGGUUGGCAGCCCUUGCGUGGCAGCCGAGAUGCGCGAAUGGAGGGUCCUGGAGGAAGAGAGCUUGAGCGACCACAGCUACAUCUACAUGGAGUGGGCGCACAUCAGCUCGGGCAACCGGACGCAGCGAGGAAGCGGAGGCUAUCUAGGGACAACAGGCUGGGUCUCCAGGAAGCUAGACAAGGCGGCCAUGGUGAACUCCCUCGCCGAGGAGAAGCGGAAACGCGGGAGCCGACCAACAGAUACCGGCGACUCGGAGGUCGACGCGCUGAUGAAUACCAUCAUUAGGGCAUGCGACGCAGGCAUGCCAAGAAGGAAGCCCCCUCGAGGCAAGCCCGCAGCGCACUGGUGGACCGAUCGGAUCGCCCAGCUCCGACGGGAAUGCGUAAGCGCCAGGAGACGGGCUCAGCGCGCACGAGCUAAAAGCAGGGAGGCGGACGCCAGCAUGGCAGCCUACCGGACGGCGAAGCGGGACCUCAGAAACGAGAUCAAAGCCAGCAAGGCCAGGUGCUGGGAGGAGCUCUUGCAGGCGGUGGAUGAGGACCCGUGGGGGCUGCCGUAUAAACUAGUCACCAAGAAGCUGGGAGUGCUACGGCAGCCGGACGACCCGGUGACCGUGGAAAACAUAUUAACCGAGUUGUUUCCGGUCCACAGGCAGUCGGAGAGGAGCAUCCUCGGGGCAGCCGCAACUGGCCCCCACCCCGAGCCCUUCACCUUGACGGAGCUGUACCACGCAGCUAGGAGGAUCAGCGGAGGCAAGGCACCUGGCCCCGACGGCGUGCCUGGGGAAGCCCUGGCAGUGGUCGCGGAGAACUACCCGGAGGCACUGCUCAGGGCGUUCAACGAGUGCCUACAACAGGGGAGUUUUCACCCGAGGUGGAAGCGGCAGAGGCUGGUCCUGCUACCGAAGGGACAGGCCAAAGAGGGAAGCGGGCAAAAAUACCGGCCCAUCAGCCUGAUCGAUGUGACGGGGAAGCUGCUUGAGAGGCUCCUGCAUGCCAGGUUGGAGGCCGCCCUCGACGCGUCUGGGGGCUUAGCUGACAACCAGUACGGCUUCCGAAGGGGCAGGUCCACGAUCCACGCCAUCGACGAGGUCGUUGACAUCGCGAGGAAAGCUAACGAGCGGAAAGGUCGCUUCGCUACCCCCUGCUUGAUGGUGCUUUUGGACGUCAAAAACGCCUUCAAUGCAGUUGGGCACCAAGUCAUACUGGACGCGCUGGAAAGGAGAAACGGCAUGCCGGCGUACCUCGUCGGGAUGGUCGGGAGCUACCUGGAAGACAGGCUGCUUCUGUACCGUACCAGCGAGGGAGAAAAAACCCGUCGGCUUUCAGCGGGUGUGCCGCAGGGGUCGGUCCUCGGGCCGCUGCUGUGGAACGUGGCGUACGACGACCUCCUCCGCAUGAAAAUGCCGGAUGGAGUAACCACCGUGGGCUUUGCAGACGACGUGGCGCUGGUGGUGACGGCGAGGACGACUGACCUUCUUGAGGCCAAAACCACCGAGGCAGUGAGUAGCGCCUGGGCAUGGCUGACGCAAAGAGGACUGGACCUGGCGGAGAAGAAGACGGAAGUGGUGGUGCUCACGCGGCGCUACACGCUGAAUGUCAACCCGAUCCAGGUCAAGGGGCACGAGGUCACUCCCACGGGAAGCGCGAAGUAUCUCGGCGUGACCAUCGACGCCAAGCUAAACUUUGCUGAGCAUGUCCAGCAGGCAGCCAGCAAGGCAAUGGUUGUGGCGGCGUCCAUUGGGAGGCUAAUGCCCAAUAUUGGGGGUCCGGUCAGCGGCAGGAGAAGACUCCUGGCCAGCGUCACCUACUCCGUGGCGUUGUACGGGGCUCCGGUGUGGGCCGACGCCCUAAGCACGCAGAGAAAUAGGAGCAGACUUGAGGCGGCGGGAAGGGCCUGCGCCCUCCGAGUGGUGUCAGCAUACCGCACGGUCUCGACGCCGGCCGCCAUGGUGCUAGCGGGACUAAUCCCCCUUCACCUCCUGGCUGCUGAGCGCAAAAGAAUAUCAGACGCGGAGACGCGAGGCGGGAGGCUGAGUAAGCUGGCUAGAGGCAGGCUCAGACGCGACGAACGGGAGCAGACGGUCAAGAAAUGGGACGAGGAAUGGAGGGCGGAGAACAAGGGGGCAUGGACGAGGGUCGCAAUACCCUCUGUCAUGCCCUGGUUUGACAGGGGACACGGCCGGAUGAAUUUCCACCUCACACAGGGGCUAACUGGCCAUGGAUGCUUCGGUGCGUACCUACAUCGCAUUGGAAGGGAAGAGACAGCAAAGUGCCACCACUGCGGCGAGGCCUUGGACGACGCAAACCAUACCUGGUUUGUAUGUAAAGCCUGGAACAUGCAGAGGGAAGAUAUGUGGAGGGCCACGGGACGCGUCCAGGGUAUCCAGGACCUAGUGAAGGCGAUGCUCGAAGGCCCAGAGAAGUGGAAAGCCGCGGCUGAUUUUACCGACGCAGUGCUGCGCGCGAAGGAAGAGGCUGAGCGAAGGAGAAGAAGGGAAGGCCGGACAGUGGGUCAGCAGGCUAACGGCGCGGCCUUGCCUCAAUCGCAAAGAAUGUGCAGCACGAGCACCUGGGGAGCAAGCCCGGGUGACCCAGAACAUCCGGAGACAUCGCCGGCGCUGGCCACCGGCCGACGGACUCGACCUGGAAUGCGCCGAGCCAGCAAUUGCGACAGCAUAGCUGACAGCGAGGGCACAGAAGUGCAAUGCAGGACGAUGGAGCGCAUAGCUGACGAUAAUGCAACUCCAAGAAGAAGGUGUCAGCACCGCCAAGGCGAGCAGCGCAGCACAGCGCAAAAAUGGCCGACAGCGCACGACAGUGAUGGCCGACAGCGUACGGCAGCGAUGGCCGAAGAAGCGAGGCAACGCCCCAACGUCGGGCGGAGCGGCCAGCCGCUGACCGGCUACCGAGCGCCGACCAAGGCGGCACGGGGGCAGCACCUCACGGGUGACCGAGGCAGCGCUAGGCGACUGACGUCACGCGCAAGCGGGGCCCGGGCUGCCGAGGCGACGCCGCCGCUGGAAUGCGCCGAGUCAGCGGAAACCGCGUGGGCAGCGCAGUGCAACACGCGGCGCGACCAAGAUAUAACGCAAGGGGACAGCAAUCUGCGAGGCGAAGUGAGCAUUAGCUAUAUCAGCAGCGAUCUAGCGGCAAUCUGUGAGCUGUAUCGUGGGUUAGAUUUACUGAGUGACAGUAUAGUGAGCACGCCAAAUAAGCAUGGCUUAACGAUUGGUGAAAUUAGUAGAAGAGACAAGUGGUGA